GCGGCGAGCGCCGGGAGAGCGCGCCGGGGCAGCGAGGAGGGAGGAGCGAGGGGAGCGCGGGCCGCAGCCGCCCCCGCCCCCGCCCCGCGCCCGCGCCUCCCGCGCGCAACAGUUCCCCCAAAGUUGCGGCCGGGGAGGCGCGAAGCCGGCGGGGGACGCGGCCUUAUCCCGGCGCGCGCAGCCCCAGGCGGGCGGCGGCAUGGGCACUCGGCAGACCAAGGGCAGCCUGGCGGAGAGAGCCAGCCCGGGCGCGGCGCCCGGCCCCCGCCGCGAACGACCCGACUUCUGGGCGUCGCUGCUGCUGCGCGCCGGGGACAAGGCGGGGCGCGCGGGCAGUGGGCUACCCCCCUACCACCGGCGCGUCGGCAUGGUCCAGGAGCUGCUGCGGAUGGUGCGCCAGGGCCGGCGGGAGGAGGCGGGGACGCUGCUGCAGCACCUGCGCCAGGACCUGGGCAUGGAGUCAACCUCCCUGGAUGAUGUGCUGUAUCGCUAUGCCAGCUUCCGGAAUCUGGUGGACCCGAUCACACACGACCUCAUUAUCAGUCUGGCACGCUACAUCCACUGCCCCAAGCCGGAAGGUGACGCAAUGGGUGCCAUGGAGAAGCUGUGCCGACAGCUGACCUAUCACCUCAGCCCUCAUUCACAGUGGAGGAGGCACCGAGGGCUGAAGAGGAAGCCACAGGCCUGUCUUAAGGCCCUCCUAUCUGGGAAUCCUCCAGACAACAUGGUGGAUCUGUCAGGCAUCCCACUGACUUCACGGGACCUGGAGCGGGUGACCAGCUAUCUUCAGCGCUGCGGAGAGCAGGUGGACAGUGUGGAGCUGGGCUUCACGGGCCUCACCGAUGACAUGGUCCUGCAGCUACUGCCAGCACUCAGUACCCUGCCUCGUCUCACCACACUAGCCCUCAAUGGCAACCGACUGACCCGGGCUCUGCUGAGGGACCUCACUGACACCCUGAAGGACCCCAGCAAGUUCCCCAAUGUCACAUGGAUUGACCUUGGCAACAAUGUGGACAUCUUCUCACUACCCCAGCCCUUCCUGCUCAGCCUGCGGAAGCGCUCUCCAAAACAGGGUCACCUACCAACCAUCCUAGAGCUGGGUGAGGGGCCAGGUACUGGGGAAGAAGCCAGGGAAGGUACCAGUCAGCAGGACCCUACAGGGAGUCCUGUGACACCUGCCAGGGACCAGGAGAGUAGGGAGGCUCUGACUCAGACAUGACAUAGAAAUAGGGUUCCCAACCAGGGAGUCCUUCUGGAUGGCCGAGGCAAGUUAGGAGUCCCUCCUAUCAAGACAAUGUGUGGACAGCCCUAUCCAGCUCUCACCAGGAUGAGAUCAGAGUACUAACCAGUUGUCCUCAAACCCAACUCCCAGUACUUGCUCAAGGGGCUCAGAUGUCUGGACCAAAAGUUCCUUAUUGGGCCCACUUAUAAUUUAGGCAAGUAACUUAGGCACCUACUCCAAGACUCUUGGAGCAGCUACACUUCCUAACUCCCAGGGCCUUUUUGAAGGCCGUUGUUUCAGAAUACCUAGUGUGGAAAAAAAUCCAGUCCAAGCCACAGACCUCGUAUUAGCUGUCAAUGUUACUGUGCAGGGCAGUACUGUGCCUAGCCCCUUACCCACCAACCAGCACAACUUUCUCUACCAGCUGUUUCAGGCCCUUCACCCAUAUCUGGUCCCUGUAUUGGCUUCUCAAAAACUCUACAAGGCUCUAGAGCUAGUUAGCAAAGAGUAAAACCUGGAGGUUCCUAACACCCUUAAACACUCCUAGACCCUAACAGUGAGCUUAAGCCCAAGAGAACAGUUUUGAAUCGAGUGGUCAAGUUCUGAAAUCUUAUUGGGAAGCAGUUUUACAGGCCAGGUAAGCAAACAGGAUCUGGAGUCUUUCGCAAGGUACUGCACAAAUGCAGCCGUGGACAGGAACUGAGUGUGGGUGCCUCGUGCUUUGGAACCUUUGCCCAAGUCAGGUUGUGAAAACAGCCUAGACUGACCAGAAGUUUACAGUGCUAAAGCUGGACUGCUUAACACCUGACACUCUUCAAAUACAUGUUUUUAAGGACCAAGACUGUGCUUUAUUAUGCAUAGCACUCUUUGAUGGUUAACUGUACACACAUCUUAAAGAAUCCAACCAACACGCUGGCAAUCAGCUUUAUAAACAAGUUUAUUAAAAGGUGCAAAAGA